GGUCCUCCAAUAAUCGGGAUCGGCGUUAAAAUCAUAAUCGGUCGACCUCUAAUACUGACUCUACACAAAACGCAGACACAUACAAGCUGCUGCUACUCUGUUUACAGUUGAAGACAGAGGUUUACAUACACUUAGGUUGGAGUCAUUAAAACUAGUUUUUCAAUCUCUCACAAAUGUUUUGUUCAUAAAACUAUAGUUUUGGCAAGUCGGUUAGGACAUCUACUUUGUGCAUGACAGGUAAUUUUUCCAACAACUGUUUACAGACAUGUUAUUUCACUUAUAAUUCAUUGUAUCACAAUUCCAGUGGGUCAGAAGUUUACAUACACUAAUUUGACUGUGCCUUUAAAGCUUGGAAAAUUCUAGAAAAUUAUGUCAUGGCUUUAGAAGCUUCUGAUAGGCUAAUUGACAUAAUUUGAGUCAAUUGGAGGUGUACCUGUGGAUGUAUUUCAGGGCCUACCUUCAAACGCAGUGCCCCUUUGCUUGACAUCAUGGGAAAAUCAAAAGAAAUCAACCAAAACCUCAGAAAAACAAUUGUCGACCUCCACAAGUCUAUUUCAUCCUUGGGAGCAAUUCCAAACGCCUGAAGGUACCACGUUCAUCUGUGCAAACAAUAGUACACAAGUAUAAACACCAUGGGACCACGAAGCUGUCAUACUGCUCAGGAAGGAGACGUCAGAACAACAGCAAAGGACCUUGUGAAGAUGCUGGAGGAAACAGGUACAAAAGUAUCUAUUACCACAGUAAAACAAGUUCUACAUCGACAUAACCUGUAAGGCCGCUCAGCAAGGAAGAAGCCACUGCUCCAAAACCGCCAUAAAAAGCCAGACUACGGUUUGCAACUGCACAUGAGGACAAAGAUCAUACUUUUUGGAGAAAUAUCCUCUGGUCUGAUUAAACAAAAAUAUAACUGUUUGGCCAUAAUGACCAUUGUUAUGUUUGGAGGAAAAGGGGGAGGCUUGCAAGCCAAAUAACACCAUCCCAACUGUGAAGCACAGGGGUGGCAGCAUCAUGUUGUGGGGGUGCUUUGCUGCAGGAGGGACUGGUGCACUUCACAAAAUAGAUGGCAUCAUGAGGAUGGAAAAUUAUGUGGAUAUAUUGAAGCAACAAGACAAGACAUGACAUCAGUCAGAAAGUUAAAGCUUGGUCGCAAAUGGGUCUUCCAACUGGACAAUGACCCAAAGCAUACUCCAAAGAUGUGGCAAAAUGGCUUAAGGACAACAAAGUCAAGGUAUUAGUGGCAAUAACAAAGCCCUGACCUUGUGGGCAGAACUGAAAAAAUGUGAGCGAGCAAGGAGGCCCACAAACCUGACUCAGUUACACCAGCUCUGUCAGGAGGAAUGGGCCAAAAUGCACCCAAAUUAUUGUGGGAAGCUUGUGGAAGGCUACCUGAAACGUUUGACCCAAGUUAAACAAUUUAAACAAUGCUACAAAAUACUAAUUGAGUGUAUGUAAACUUCUGACCCACUGGGAAUGUGAUGAAAGAAAUAAAAGCUGAAAUAAAUCAUUAUUCUAUUAUUCUGACAUUUCACAUUCUCAAAAUAAAUGGUGAUCCUAACUGAGCGAAGACAGGGAAUUUUUACUAGGAUUCAAUGUCAAGAAUGAUGAAAAACUGAAUUUAAAUGUAUUUGUUUAAAUGUAUUUGGCUAAGGUGUAUGUAAACUUCUGACUUCAACUGUAUCUUAUAUCCUGUUGCCUAGUCACGUUUACAUUUGUCAUUUAGCAGACGCUCUUGUCCAGAGCGACUUACAGGAGCGAUUAGGGUUAAGUGUAUUUAUUGCCCAAGGGCACAGACAGAUUUUUCAUAUAAAUCGGCUCGGGGAUUCAAACCAGCAACCUUUCUGUUACUGGCCCAAUGCUCUUAACCACUAGGAUACUUGUCACAUAGUCAGUCACCUUACCCCUAGACAUAUCUACCUCCAUCACUGCAGUAUCCAUGCACAUUGUAAAUAUGGUAUUGGAACUGGCCCUAUAUAUACUUACUUGUGAUCUUCAUAUUUCUUAUAUUUAUUUUCCUAUUAUUACAAUGUUAUUGAAUUGCUGGGUUUUGAGUUUGUAAGAAAUGCAUUUCACUGUAUUUGUGUAUGUGACAAAACUUGAAACAUCUCCAGGCAGUAAAUUGGUUAAUAGACAAAUUUACCAAGAGCAUUCCAAACCCUUCUGCCAAUAACUAGUUUUCAGUGUUCCCUCUCCACUCAGACCACUCCGGCAGUCCGAACAAAAAUCUUUCUUGAGAAAUAGUUUAAACUAUUUUUGCCUAUUUUAAUGGAAAUCUAUUACAGUAAGGUACUUAAUUGUUACCCAGAAAUGAUUUCAUAUUAAUAUAAAAACAGCUGCAUUGGGCCUUUAAUCAAAGUCGCAACACAAUGGGCUUGUUUGAGUUGAGCAGUGAAGUUGGGAGCCGAAAGUCGGACACGGAUGUGGUUUUGCAACAGGAAGGCUCGGUGCACCAUGUCAGUGUUGCCAUGGUUUCUAAAAGGUUAUAUGUAAUGUCAAAAUAAAUACGUCACCAAUCCCCAUAUCACACACUCAAAAACUGUAAACUGUACAUUGUACCAACAAUUGGUGAAAGAGAAACUCAAAUCAUGUUCAACUAUACAUGAAUCGCAGCAAAGUUAGUUCCUGUUUAGUUACUUCUUUGGUCACGUUUGUGUGGGUCAAACAAAAACAUCCUAAUGAUUAGUUGACAAUUGCCUUCCACAAUUCAGGUGAUGGCUGCAGGAUGAAGUUGAAGAGCAACUGUGGAAAUUUGCAGGCGACUGCAGACAAAACUUCAUUGAUGACGUGGUUUUUGUAAAGUAUAAGCAAUCAUCAUGUAGGCAGACCAUUUUUAUCCCCAUAACACAACACACUUUUGGAAGGUGGUGACCAACGACUUGACAAAAGUGAUCUGCUCCAAACAAGCCCAGUACGUAUCUUCAGUGCUUGACUAAAGUUGGUUCCGGUACUGUUUAUAUUCAGGUGCAGGAGCUCCACAAUACUUUGGAACUAAUAUUCAAAGAGGAACAGGAGCUCAAGCAGUAGCAAAUGUGAGGUGCUGGUACUCAGCUACAUGAGCUCCUGCCCAAGUCAAGCACAGCGUAUUUUAACCAAAUGCAAGUCUCCAGUAUACACCCCACUUGGGGUUAUUCCAAGCAUGCAAAUCGUAGGCUUUUACAAACCACAGACGAUGCACACGGCACCAACCAACUUGCCAAUUCCAACCAAUGAUCAUGCACAGAGUGGAUGUUUCUCAGCGCUGACUGGUUGAAACACAUCUACAGAUAAAAAACUAACAGGAAUAUAAAACAUUCUACGCGCAUUACAAGUGGUGUUACGGUGUUGAUACUGCGUCGAGAAAAAUAUGUUCUGCAUGCCUGGCAAGCGACGUCAUGUCAUAAAAGUUACUGUAGGCAGAACGUUUUCCUCCAAGUUAUGGCACUUCAUUUAUUAUACUUACAUGUAUUUUAUAACUAAAGUUAAGUAUGUAAGACACAUUGCGAUGGGAAAAGAACAGGUGGAUGACAGACUGUCGAUGAAGAGCGCGCACCACAGACAUGGCGUCUAUUUUGUUUUACGCGGAAGCCAUGUCACCAAUGGAGAGAAGAGACAGGAGAACAGAACAGGGUGACUACUGAUCUGGACCACAUUCUGAAGGGGCUGGACUCCAUGUCUGAGUGUCUGGACAGACUGGCAUGUAGAAGAGGACAGUCCAUUCAGCUCUCCCCAGCCCGCCAUAGUGAAGCCACCUCAACUAAAGGCCCCAAAGCCACCAGACUAUUCUAACGGAUCCAGCUCCAGUAAACCUCCUACUCCUCCUCACCCUCCUUCAAAUGUCCCCAACACAAAACCAGGCACUUGGAAGAGGACUAGUGACCAGAGGCCAGGCUGAAGCAUCUCUCAGAUGGGUUAACAAGGGCUCCCUGGUGUCUCUUUAACUGUCAGUUCAGCGGAGGAGGCAGUGUGGACUUCAGUUUGUCACCCCUAACUUUCCUGUCACAGGCGGUCAAAAGAGUAAGUCUUAUAGGCCACAGAGGAUGUAAAGAAGAGAAGAGGGAGUGGCCAACUAUCGGCCCUGGUCUAAAGUAGCGCACUAUAUAGCGAAUAGGGUGCGAUUUGGAUGCAAACCUAGAGCUAGUCUGCUUCACUGUGUACGCCUAUAGACUUCUCUAUACUUAGAAGGUGAUGAUGAGUGGAAAAAUGUAUCACUACCCAUGUGACUUUAAGUGUUAUAGAAGAUCAUCUGUGAUAUCAAUGUCGCAAACCAGAUCUAAGGCCAUUAUAAUUGGUCUUCUCCCUCUGCAUCAGACUGGCUGCUAUGUGUAGUAACUCAGCCUGCUUAGAUAUAACAUUACAUUUCAGACUAAUAGGUGUCGUCAAACACAGUUUAAUAUCUGCCCAGCAACAGUGAUUAUUAGAUGACAUGUGAUUGUGUCCUGAGUCUCUACGCGUUUAAAUAGACAGUCCAAUUCUGAUAUUUUAACCAAUCGGACGAGCUCUGAAAAAGACAAGAUGUCAAAAGAUCUGAUGUGAUUGGUUAGUGGGACCAAUCAGUGGGAAGAAGUUAAGAAUUGGGCUAAAUGUCUAAACGCAGCCUAUGGCUCAAAUGAUGUUUUAUUCAGCCUGUUUCCUGUAUUUGAUGUCUUAUUCAUCCUGUUUCCUGUAUUUGAUGUCUUAUUCAUCCUGUUUCCUGUAUUUGAUGUCUUAUUCAGCCUGUUUCCUGUAUUUGAUGUCUUAUUCAUCCUGUUUCCUGUAUUUGAUGUCUUAUUCAUCCUGUUUCCUGUAUUUGAUGUCUUAUUCAUCCUGUUUCCUGUAUUUGAUGUCUUAUUCAGCCUGUUUCCUGUAUUUGAUGUCUUAUUCAUCCUGUUCCCUGUAUUUGAUGUCUUAUUCAUCCUGUUUCCUGUAUUUGAAGUCUUAAUCAGCAUGUUUGAUUUGAUUUGCCUGAAUUUGAAAACCAAACGCAUAGAAAUAAAAUGACAUGAAUGUAGCUCUAAACUCCAUAUUAUAAUCUUCACACUCCAAUAUGGUGGCCGAACGUCCCACUUGGAUCAUAGCAUUUAAAUUUGAAUAUCUAUUGUACUGCAUUUCUAGCUACAUGGACCAGGCCUGCAGACUGUUGUGAUGGCACAGAUAGCCAGCCCACCGUGCAGCCCACUGCUGUGUCUGGUAUCUCACACUAAGGUGAGAGAGGAGGGGAUAGAGGAGGGAUGGCUGAUCAGUGAACCCCCAGGCAUGCAGGGCUGUCUAGGUAUGAAUACAUACCCCUGGGGGGUCUUAACAAAGGCUGCCCCCCAGCCUCCAGGCUCCACCAUAUUGAGACAUUCCUUCAUACGGUUGCAGCUGAAUGGCACCGUAUUACCUAUACUGUGAACUGCAUUUAAUCAGGGCCCAGCUCUGGCUAAAAGUGAACUGAAUAGGUAAUAAGGUAUGUGAAACCUAAGUUAGCCUAUAGAGAACAGUGUUACAGUGUGUUGGUUGGUUGACACCCCCCAGGAGCUCUAGGUUACAGUGUGUUGGAUGGUUGACCCCCAGGGACUCUAGAGAUCAGUAUUACAGUGUGUUGGUUGGUUGACCCCCCAGGGACUCUAGGUUACAGUGUGUUGGCUGGUUGACUCCCAGGGCCUCUAGAGAACAGUAUUACAGUGUGUUGGUUGGUUGACCCCCCAGGGACUCUAGGUUACAGUGUGUUGGCUGGUUGACUCCCAGGGCCUCUAGAGAACAGUAUUACAGUGUGUUGGUUGGUUGAGCCUCUAGAGAACAGUGUUAGUGUGUUGGUUGAUUGACCCCCAGGGCCUCAGCAGGUCUCCACUGUGUCACAAAUGUCACACAGAGAUGUCAGAUGGUCCAGCACCACCUCAGGCAAUUGAAUACAUUUUUGGUGUAAUUCCUAUUUCUGAAUAAGGCUUAAAAUACAGGAUACAAUCUUGCAGAUGAUGUGCAAAACACAGGGCAUGGCCUACAACAAUUACUUAAUUGACAUGUUAUAUGACCCUAAUAGGUUGAUUGAGUCUUAAUGGAACACAUUAUUUGAGUGGGGUAGUCAGUAAAAUAUACUAUUGAAAGCAUGCCUCCUCCCAUAUCAUGAUCUAUAUCUCCCCUCCUUCUCUUCUCCUCCCACAGCCAUACCUCCCUCUCCACAACCACACUCCCCUUCUCUUUCCCACUCAAUUCAAAUUGAAUUCAAUUUAAUGGUCUUUAUUGGCAUGGGAAACAUAUAUUUACAUUUCCAAAGCAAGUGAAAUAGGUAAUAAACAAAAGUGAAAUAAACAAUAAAAAAUGUACAGUAAACAUUACACUCACAAAAGUUUCAAAAGAAUAAAGACGUUUCAAAUGUCAUAUUAUGACUAUAUACAGUGUUGUAAUGAUGUCCUGUAUUUGAUGUCUUAUUCAUCCAGUUUCCUGUAUUUGAUGUCUUAUUCAGCCUGUUUCCUGUAUUUGAUGUCUUAUUCAUCCUGUUUCCUGUAUUUGAUGUCUUAUUCAUCCUGUUUCCUGUAUUUGAUGUCUUAUUCAGCCUGUUCCCUGUAUUUGAUGUCUUAUUCAGCCUGUUUCCUGUAUUUGAUGUCUUAUUCAGCCUGUUCCCUGUAUUUGAUGUCUUAUUCAUCCUGUUUCCUGUAUUUGAUGUCUUAUUCAUCCUGUUUCCUGUAUUUGAUGUCUUAUUCAGCCAGUUUCCUGUAUUUGAUGUCUUAUUCAUCCUGUUUCCUGUAUUUGAUGUCUUAUUCAUCCUGUUUCCUGUAUUUGAUGUCUUAUUCAUCCUGUUUCCUGUAUUUGAUGUCUUAUUCAUCCAGUUUCCUGUAUUUGAUGUCUUAUUCAUCCUGUUUCCUGUAUUUGAUGUCUUAUUCAGCCAGUUUCCUGUAUUUGAUGUCUUAUUCAUCCUGUUUCCUGUAUUUGAUGUCUUAUUCAUCCUGUUUCCUGUAUUUGAUGUCUUAUUCAGCCAGUUUCCUGUAUUUGAUGUCUUAUUCAUCCUGUUUCCUGUAUUUGAUGUCUUAUUCAUCCUGUUUCCUGUAUUUGAUGUCUUAUUCAUCCUGUUUCCUGUAUUUGAUGUCUUAUUCAUCCAGUUUCCUGUAUUUGAUGUCUUAUUCAUCCUGUUUCCUGUAUUUGAUGUCUUAUUCAUCCUGUUUCCUGUAUUUGAAGUCUUAUUCAGCCUGUUCCCUGUAUUUGAUGUCUUAUUCAGCCUGUUUCCUGUAUUUGAUGUCUUAUUCAGCCUGUUCCCUGUAUUUGAUGUCUUAUUCAGCCUGUUCCCUGUAUUUGAUGUCUUAUUCAGCCUGUUUCCUGUAUUUGAUGUCUUAUUCAGCCAGUUUCCUGUAUUUGAUGUCUUAUUCAUCCUGUUUCCUGUAUUUGAUGUCUUAUUCAGCCUGUUCCCUGUAUUUGAUGUCUUAUUCAGCCUGUUUCCUGUAUUUGAUGUCUUAUUCAGCCUGUUUCCUGUAUUUGAUGUCUUAUUCAGCCUGUUUCCUGUAUUUGAUGUCUUAUUCAGCCUGUUUCCUGUAUUUGAUGUCUUAUUCAGCCUGUUCCCUGUAUUUGAAGUCUUAUUCAUCCUGUUUCCUGUAUUUGAUGUCUUAUUCACUCUCUGCCUCCCACCAGCCAGACCCCCCCCCCUCUCUGUCCUCUCCUCCCCGAGGCAGACCCCUGGGUGGGGUAAUAUCCUUGCCAUCAGUCACUGAUCAGGGACCCAGUGGCAGGUUUAUGGCAUGUCCAGCAGAGAGGGAGAAAUAGGGGAGGGUUGAGAGAAUGAAUGAGUGAUCUACAGGGGAGAGGAGAGAGACAAUGGAAUAGUAUUCUGCUAUGUUUCUCCUGGUCAUGCUCUCUUUCGAUCUCUCUGAAAACCGUUAAAUGUAUUUUAGUGUCACAUAAAAUCAUUGCAACCAAUAGAGCGCACCAUAGUCGUCGGUGCAUGUUCAUAGCCAAUCAAAACAAUGUCCUAAUAAGUUAGGUAAAAUUGAAAUGAUCUUGAAACGCAUGUUGCCGAUAACUACCACCCAGUUUGUAGCAUCUAUCCAAAAGAUGGAGUGCAGCUUUUAAGUGACGAUUACUUCAUCACACAUGUGGCUAGGUUACGCAAAAUGCUGCCACGCCAUCUUUCAUAAUAGGCUACAAUUAAUUACAUUGAGAUGCAUUCCUGACUAUAGUCUGGUCUUCACAAUGUAGCGUUCCACUUUGAUUUAUUGUUUAUUAACUUUUCAAGUGUGACAACGUACACGGUCACAGCAGUGUCCCGGAUUACCAUGGCAAACACCUGUAAACACACCGGUAAGGAGGCUUCCUUCAAAAGGCUUGAUCCUCAUUCCGAUCCUUAAACAUGACGUCGAUACAACGUCCACAUCAAAGCGCUGUUAAAUCAACGCUGAACCUGAGGCCUGGUGGAGGUGUGAACGGCUACAUGGUAACUAUGCCCUUCUAGUGUAUUCACCACUGCCUGCCUAUUCACCUAUUAUUUUACUGAGUCAAUUUAGUGUUGUUCUAAUUUGUUUUACAGAAGGAUAAAAUGCAGUCAUUGAGCAAAAAUAAAUACAUUUUCUUAACUGUUUAUUCAUC